AUGAAGUGGCUUUUCGUUCUACUGGCUUGUGCGGUGCUGUCUGAGGGACUCGUUAGAGUACCUCUGACAAAGACAAAGUCCAUCAGGAAGAGGCUGCAGGAACAGGGAGUCCGCCUGCUCUUCACUGAUCCUGCCCUCAAGUAUGAACCCUAUAGGUCCCUGGCCAUGUCAGCCAUUGAACCCAUUGACAACUAUGCUGAUACCACCUACUAUGGACCGAUCACCGUCGGAACCCCACCACAAUCAUUUGGAGUCCUUUUUGAUACCGGUUCAGCUAACCUGUGGGUGGACUCUAUCUACUGCAACACCCAAGCCUGCAACAGUCACACCAAGUUUAACCCCCAGAGCUCCUCUACAUUUACAAGCACGAACCAGACCUUCUACCUUCCCUAUGGGGCUGGCAGUCUGGAUGGCGUCUUUGGCUACGACACUGUCAAUGUCGGAGGUAUUGUCAUCACCAACCAGGAGGUGGGCUUGAGCACCAACGAACCGGGUCAGAACUUCGUGGUGGCUCCUUUUGAUGGCAUCCUGGGGCUUUCCUACCCUUCCAUCUCUGCUGGAGGCGAGACCCCCGUCAUGGACAACAUGAUGCAGCAGAAUUUGCUGCAAGCUGAUUUGUUUGCCUUCUACUUAACUGGGAAUGAGCAGCAGGGCAGUGAAGUGGCUUUCGGUGGGGUGGACAACAGCAAGUACCAGGGUCAAAUCUACUGGACUGCUGUCACUGCAGAGACCUACUGGCAGAUUGCCAUCAAUGGGUUCCAGAUCAACAACCAAGCCACAGGCUGGUGCAGUCAGGGCUGCCAGGCUAUUGUGGACACAGGGACCUCCCAGCUUACCUGCCCCCAGCAGUACCUGGGUUACCUGAUGCAGUCAAUUGGUGCUCAAGCCGACCAGUAUGGAGGGUACUACGUUGACUGCAGUGAGGUAUCCAACCUCCCAACACUUUCCUUCACUAUUGGUGGAGUGAAUCUGCCCCUGCCACCUUCUGCCUACAUCUCGAUGGACAACCAGUACUGCGAGGUGGCUAUUUCUUCCACCUACCUGCCUUCACAGAACGGCCAGCCGCUUUGGAUCUUGGGAGAUGUUUUUCUGAGGCAGUAUUACUCUGUCUACGACCGUGCCAACAACCAAGUUGGUUUCGCUACUGCAGCCUAA